CUACUUUGUACUUUCUAUAUUAUUACAAGAAUUAAUUGCUACUUUGUGCAUAGAGAGAGAUCAAGGGAAUCACAUGUUUCUCCCUAUAUUUCUCUCUUUUUAAAGAUAGCUUUCAAGUACAAAUCUUUCUGCCAUCUUCCUAAUUCCAUUCAAAGAAAGGAACCAUGUUCUGGAGAAAACCGUCUCACACGAAUCAGGCUGAUGAUUCUGCUAGGCGCGAUGCAAAGGUUAGCGAGUUAAGGGCGGCUCUUGGACCUCUAUCUGGGCGAAGCGUAAAGUUCUGUACUGAUGCGUGUCUGAGGCGAUACUUAGAAGCUCGAAAUUGGAACUUUGACAAGGCAAAGAAAAUGCUCGAUGAGACUCUCAAGUGGAGAUCCACCUAUAAGCCUGAAGAAAUUCGUUGGCAUGAAGUGGCACAUGAAAGUGAAACAGGCAAAGUUUUUAAGUCCAAUUUUCAUGACCGACUAGGCAGGACCGUACUUAUAAUGAAGCCUGGGAAACAGAACACAUCAUCUCCAGAAGGUAAUAUCCGUCAUCUAGUCUAUUUGAUGGAGAAAGCUAUCCUUAACCUGCCAGAAGGCCAAGAACAAAUGUCUUGGUUGAUAGACUUCAAUGGAUGGUCAUUAAACACCAACAUUCCCACUAAAACAGCAAGAGAUAUCAUCUACAUUUUGCAGAAUCACUAUCCAGAGAGGCUUGCUAUAGUUGUUCUUUAUAGUCCACCUAGAUUUUUCGAGGCAUUUUGGAAAGUAGUGAAAUAUUUUAUUGAUGCGAAAACAUUUGAGAAGAUCAAGUUUGUGUAUCCAAACAACCAAGAUAGUGUGGAGUUGAUGAAGACUCUUUUCGAUACUGAGAAUCUUCCAUGUGAGUUUGGGGGAAAAGCCACAUUGAAUUAUGAUCAUGAAGAAUUUUCCAGAUUGAUGGCUCAAGAAGAUGUUAAGACAGCUAAAUUUUGGGGCUUUGAUGAUGAGCGAUGAUGGAUACUCUAAAGCAAAGGUAACGCCUGGCUAGUGAGUGUUGCAUCAUCUGCAAGCUAAGCAAGUGCAGAAGUUUACAUGAACAGUGUAUAAUGAAAUUUGUACAUUGUCAGUCUUAUUUUUACAACACUUUCUUAUGUUACUCGAUCUGCCAUUAAAAUGCACCAUUGCUUUAUCAAUUUUAUCAAGUCUCUUGCUUGAAAUGUUAAUAUGCACAUAAUUUGGAUGCAUUAAUUUUUAAUAUAAAUAAGUACAAUUGAAGCA